UUUUACACCCUCACAGGAGCAGAGAUGGUGUCUUCUCCGUUGGCGAACCCCCUCCUAGCCUUCUCCACCUUCAUCCACGGACUCGGCACCCAAUUCACGAGUCGACUCGACGACACUAGGCGAGGACUCGCCUCCGCCGCCAGCUUCCUCACCCUGCAACAACCAGUAAAUAAGCUAUCCUUGCCAUUUGCCUCCGUGUCGCAGCAUCAGGGCAAGCUGGAAAAUUCCCUUAGCACCGGACAAGUGGCGAAAAGACUAGUCGGAACUUCGUUGUACACUGUUUGCAACUCCAACAAGGAGUUUGUUCUCAUCUCUAACCCGGAUGGAAUUAAGUCCAUUGGCUUGCUUUGCUUUCGCAAAGAAGACGCAGAAGCUUUUCUUGCUCAGGUAAGGUCAAGGAAAGGUGAAGUGAGAGGAGGAGCAAAAGUGGUGCCAAUAGCACUUGACCAGGUUUAUAUGUUGAAGGUUGAAGGAAUUGCAUUCAGGUUUCUGCCUGAUCCUGUUCAAAUAAAAAAUGCACUAGAGCUAAAAUCUCCCGAUGUCAAGAAUGGAUUUGAUGGAGUUCCUGUUUUUCAGUCAGACCUUCUGGUUGUAAAGAAGAAAAACAAGCGCUACCUCCCCUUAUAUUUUCAGAAGGAAGAUAUAGAAAAAGCAUUGUCAACAGUGUCAAAGGCGGGAAGAGGAUCUGAUGUUUCACAGCACAUUAUGGUUGGAAGUUUAGAGGAUGUUCUGAAAAAAAUGGAGAUGAGUGAAAAGAACUUGGGUUGGGAAGAUCUAAUUUUCAUUCCACCAGGUAAAAGCCAUUCGCAACACAUUCAGGAGGUCGUAAAGGUAUAAGAUCUUGGAUGCAGAGCAUUCGACUGAGCAGUUUGAUUGGAACAAUUAACUAAAAGCCCACUGGCUCCAACGAUGCAAUUUUCGAUGCAUCCUGGUUUUGUUGUGAAGUAGCUCAAAGAAAUGGAAAGGAUAUAUAUUUUUCUAUUUCUGAAAUGAGCAUAUUUAUCAUCCAAUAUACUAUCAGAGAACCUUGUAGAGCGAAUUGUUGUUUUCUUCUACUUUUCCUUCCCCUUGUUCCUAUAUGAUCAUGAUAUAUUAUUUUUUAUUUUUUGGCUGUU